AUGGCAAGAUUGACUUUCGAGAAUCUACCUUCCCUUGUUUCCCUUGUUCUUUUCUUUCUGUUACAUUUUUCGCAUCAUGUUGCUUCAGACUCUACUGAUGAAGCAAAUGCUCUUCUCAAAUGGGCAGCCAGUCUUCAAAACCAGGAACAGUUCAACCUAUCUUCAUGGUCUCUACUUCCAACAAAUGCCACCAAUUCCAAACCAAAAACAAGCCCGUGCACUUGGCUUGGAAUUUAUUGCAACCGUGAAGAAAGGCUCUUUCGAUUAAACUUGACAAAUGCAGGUUUAAACGGUAUGCUUCACGACCUUUCUUUCUCAUCCUUUCCUGAUCUUGAGUUUAUUGAUUUCAGCUGCAAUGGACUUUUUGGUACCAUCCCACUUGAAAUCACUCUGCUUUCCAAACUCAGAUAUCUUGAUUUAUCAAAUAAUCAGUUAUCAGGGAUAAUCCCGUCAGGGAUUGGCCUCCUAACAAAUCUUGAAAUCCUGCACUUAGCUGAAAAUCAAUUAAAUGGUUCAAUUCCUGAAGAAAUAGGUCAGUUAAGUUCCCUCAUUGAGCUUUUCUUAUAUAGCAACUAUUUAGACGGUCAUAUUCCUGUUUCACUGUGUAAUUUGACCAAGUUGUCUGCAUUACACCUCUAUGAUAAUCAAUUUUCUGGUACUAUUCCUUUGAAAAUGGGAGACCUCACCAAUUUAGUUGAACUUUUCAUGGAUACCAAUAGACUAGAAGGUUCUAUCCCUUUCACUUUUGGAAACUUGACAAAGCUAACUGCAUUGUUUAUGUACCAAAAUCAACUUUCUGGUUCUAUUCCCUCAGAAAUUGGAAACUUGAAGUCUCUCAACUGGCUAAGCCUUUUUGGAAACAAUCUUUCUGGCCCAAUUCCAAAGUCACUAAGUGGUCUGUCAAGCCUCACCCUUCUUCAUCUUUACAGAAAUCAACUCUCCGGCUCCAUUCCUGAAGAGUUAGGAAACUUAAUGUCUAUUUCUCAUCUAGAAUUGGGUGAUAAUCAACUUAAUGGUUCUAUUCCUUCUUCCUUGGGUAAUUUGAGCAAGUUACAAUGGUUAAAUCUCCGUUCUAACCAACUUACUGGUUCUAUUCCUGCUUCCAUGGGAAAUUUGAGCGAGUUACAACAUUUAAUACUCCGUAGCAACCAACUUAGUGGUUCUAUUCCUGCUUCCUUGAGUAAUCUGAAGACCUUAAAAUUCUUAACAGUCUAUGACAACCACUUAACUGGCCCCAUUUCCUUGGGUAAUCUGAGCAACUUGUUGAUUUUUGAACUCUCUAGCAAUCGGUUUACUUCUUUUUUGCCUCAUAAUAAUUGCAUAAGCGAAUCACUUCAUGUUUUGGAUGCAACAGACAAUAAUUUGAGAGGUCCAGUCCCAGAAAGCUUGAGAAAGUGCACAAGCUUAGUUACAAUUUUUCUUGGUAGUAACCAACUCGACGGAAACCCAUUUGAGGACUUCGUUGUCAACUCAAAGUUACUAUUCAUGGAUCUAAGUCACAACAAAUUUUCUGGUCAGAUCUCAAGCAUUUGGAAAUGGAGGUCACAAAUAGAGACCAUACGUGUUGCAGGAAACGAUAUUACUGGCAUGAUACCACCUGAAAUCAACUAA